AUGGAUAAACAGGAAGUGGCGGGAAAAUCUGAAAAACGAUUCGUUUCUUCUCUUUUCUUGAUUUUCUUCCUUUUUUUCAUUGUUGCUUUCUUUGUUAUUCUUUUCAUUCAUUCCUUUCCAUUUUUUUCUUCGUAUUCCAUUCAUCUUUCUUCCUCUAGUUUCCUUCCUCUGUCUUCCUUACUUACCUUUUUCUUUUCUCUUUCUUCCUCGUGUCCCCUUUCUCUUUCUUCCUCGUGUCCCCUUUCUCUUUCUUCCUUGUGUCCCCUUUCUCUUUCUUCCUCGUGUUUCUUUUCUCUUUCUUCCUCGUGUUCCCUUUUUUUCUUCUUUGUGUCCCCUUUCUCUUUAUUUCUCGUGUUCCCUUUCUCUUCCUCGUUUUCUUUUUCUUCCUUAAUAUCCUUUCUCGUUUUUCUCUUUUCUUUCUUUUCUCUCUUCUUUUCUCUUUAUUCUUUUUUCUUUUUCAAUCUUUUGUUGUCCGUGUCAUAUCAACAUUUCUUCCUCUUCACCACCGUAGCAGACACCACAACCAAUAUCUCCAAUGGUCAACUCCACUACGUUCUUUCGAUUUUCUUUUGCAAUUUCUUAUUAAUUCCUUCAUUAUUCGUUCACAUGAACGUCUUUCUUUGGAAGAAAACGUUUGCUUCUUCAUUCGAUAGCCUUUUUUCUUUCAGAUCCUGUUAUCAUCGACACAAAAGUUUUACACUGUUUUUGUCUCACUCGCUUUGCUUGUUCUUUCUUUCUUUCUUUCUUUCUUUCUGUUGUGGAUUCCGGGGAGAGCCCCUCAACACUAUCUUUCUUUCUUUCUUUCUUUCUUUCUUUCUUAUUCAUCUCAAAUCUUUUCUUCCCUUGCUAUUUUCUUACAUCUACUCCCCAUUUUCUUUCUUUCUUUCUUUCUUUCUUUCUUUCUUUCUUUCUUUCUUUCUAUUCAUUUCAAUCCUUUUCUUCCCUUGCUAUUUUCUUAUUCUACUCCCCAUUUUCUUUCUUUCUUUCUUUCUUUCUUUCUUUCUUUCUUUCUUUCUAUUCAUCUCAAUCCUUUUCUUCCCUUCCUAUUUUCUUACAUCUACUCCCCACUUUCUUUCUUUCUUUCUUUCUUUCUUUCUUUCUUUCUUUCUUUCUUUCUUUAUUUCUUUCUUUCUUUCUAUUCAUUUCAAUCCUUUUCUUCCCUUGCUAUUUUCUUAUUCUACUCCCCAUUUUCUUUCUUUCUUUCUUUCUUUCUUUCUUUCUUUCUUUCUUUCUUUCUAUUCAUCUCAAUCCUUUUCUUCCCUUCCUAUUUUCUUACAUCUACUCCCCAUUUUCUUUCUUUCUUUCUUUCUUUCUUUCUUUCUUUCUUUCUUUCUAUUCAUUUCAAUCCUUUUCUUCCCUUGCUAUUUUCUUAUUCUACUCCCCAUUUUCUUUCUUUCUUUCUUUCUUUCUUUCUUUCUUUCUUUCUUUCUUUCUUUCUUUCUUUCUUUCUAUUCAUCUCAAUCCUUUUCUUCCCUUCCUAUUUUCUUACAUCUACUCCCCAUUUUCUUUCUUUCUUUCUUUCUUUCUUUCUUUCUUUCUUUCUUUCUUUCUAUUCAUUUCAAUCCUUUUCUUCCCUUGCUAUUUUCUUAUUCUACUCCCCAUUUUCUUUCUUUCUUUCUUUCUUUCUUUCUUUCUUUCUAUUCAUCUCAAUCCUUUUCUUCCCUUCCUAUUUUCUUACAUCUACUCCCCAUUUUCUUUCUUUCUUUCUUUCUUUCUUUCUUUCUUUCUUUCUUUCUUUCUUUCUUUCUUUCUAUUCAUUUCAAUCCUUUUCUUCCCUUGCUAUUUUCUUAUUCUACUCCCCAUUUUCUUUCUUUCUUUCUUUCUUUUUUUUUCUUUCUUUUCUUUCUUUCUUUCUUUCUUUUCUUUCUAUUCAUCUCAAUCCUUUUCUUCCCUUCCUAUUUUCUUACAUCUACUCCCCAUUUUCUUUCUUUUUUCUUUCUUUCUUUCUUUCUUUCUUUCUUUCUUUCUUUCUAUUCAUUUCAAUCCUUUUCUUCCUUCCUAUUUUCUUACAUCUACUCCCCACUUUCUUUCUUUUCUUUCUUUAUUUUUUUCUUUCUUUCUUUCUAUUCAUUUCAAUCCUUUUCUUCCCUUGCUAUUUUCUUAUUCUACUCCCCAUUUUCUUUCUUUCUUUCUUUCUUUCUUUCUUUCUUUCUUUCUUUCUUUCUUUCUAUUCAUCUCAAUCCUUUUCUUCCCUUCCUAUUUUCUUACAUCUACUCCCCAUUUUCUUUCUUUCUUUCUUUCUUUCUUUCUUUCUUUCUUUCUAUUCAUUUCAAUCCUUUUCUUCCCUUCCUAUUUUCUUACAUCUACUCCCCACUUUCUUUCUUUCUUUCUUUCUUUCUUUCUUUCUUUCUUUCUUUCUAUUCAUCUCAAUCCUUUUCUUCCCUUCCUAUUUUCUUUUUUACAUCUACUCCCCAUUUUCUUUCUUUCUUUCUUUCUUUCUUUCUUUCUUUCUUUCUUUUCUUUCUUUCUUUCUUUCUAUUCAUCUCAAUCCUUUUCUUCCCUUCCUAUUUUCUUACAUCUACUCCCCACUUUCUUUCUUUCUUUCUUUCUCUCUUUCUUUCUUUCUUUCUUUCUUUCUUUCUUUCUUUAUUUCUUUCUUUCUUUAUUUCUUUCUUUCUUUUAUCAUCUUAA